AUGCGCAGUUGGGCUGAGAUAUCUACUUCUGCCUUAGAGAGGGAAUACAUACAUGUUCAGUCAGAUCAGCACUUUAUAGUCAGUUUGAAGGACAUGAUGCGUCAACUCCAAGAGACCAUGCAGGCUAUACAGCGGGAUACUGCUCGCCAAGCAGAGGUUACCCCACGUCAAGCAGAGGUUGUAACCCAACAGGCAGAAUUGAUUGCCAGGCUCCAACAACAGCAGCAACCACAACAAGCUGGAGCAUCUGCUCCGCAUCCACCCCCACUCCCACCCCCACCUAGGGUUCCAAUACUAGGGGAAACAGCAAACGUCCAGGAAAAUACGAACGUUCCAACAGGGCCAGUCCCACCGCCAAUCCCACCUCAGAUGUCUAAAGCACCGGCUAAUCCAGUGGACACGCCAUUCAAAUUUGAGGUUGAUCCAACCGCGCUGAAAGUGAGUAAGCUUGAAAAGCUAUGCAAGCGAGCCUAG